GACGGACCCGAGACUGACAGAUUGUAAACAGAAUCAGGUUGUGAGGCGAUGUGGCUCCAAUGACAUCGCCAAACACCCACGAGCCCCCUUGUGUGGCCCGCUCUUGUUCUCGCCGUGGCUCCUGCCGAGGCCCCUAGAGCAGGCUGCGGGACCGGGUGCGAUGAGUGCUCCGGGACCUUGUGUAACCUUCCAGACCCGUGAUAAUCGCGGUGUGCCUGGCGCUGGCUGCCACCUCUGAUGCUGCAAAGCGUCCAUUAGUGUCUGUUGGCAGGGUCUGUAAACAGUCAUCCCCUCUGGAAGGAGACUGAGCCCCCAAGGAGCUCCAGGCACAAGCAGUUUCCUCUUGGCUGCAGAUUGCAGACAGCAGCUCUGUGCUCCUGCCCCGGAGGAUUUUGGAAUCUCUCCUGUCUGGGAUCUCAAACGAGGCCAUUGAAGGCUUUAACCCCUAACUGGCACGCGGGACGCUUUGCUUAGGAAGUGAUGGACGGACUGGAUAUGGAGGACAUCAGCCCCGCGCUGGAGGUAACUGAAGACUUCCUACAUUGCCUGGAAGGAGCUCCUGUGGAUGACGGUCGCCAGUGUAAGUUACAAGAGGUGUCAGCACUUGGCCGCCUCGGCUCCAGUGGCUUGUGGGGGAUGCUGGCUGCUGAUCAGCUAGAGGUAUCGCCUUGCAAUGUGGCCUGGGCCGGCCAGCCAGCACCCUUCAGUAUCCUUGGCCUGCGACAGGGCAAACGGAGUCGCGCUCGCUCCACCAAUGACCUGGCUGCCCACACCAAGGACGACAACUCCUCUGCAGGCCCCUUCAAGCGCGGGCACAACCGCUCCCGUUCUGACGCCAACUACAAGACAUACAUGGACAACGGGGUGCUGGCGGUGGACAAGAACAUGCUGAAGAACAUGGUGGUGCUCAGUGACAAGAGACAAGGGGACAAGGAGAGCAGCUCCAGCAGGGUGAAGCAGGGCGAGCUGGAGCUGCGCGAGGGCUCUUCGGGCCGCUGGACUGCCUGCCACGUGGAGCUCACGCCUUGUGAACUGCGCAUCUAUGGCCUGGACAGCAGCGGCAACCGCCAGCUGUGUACGGCGUACUCUCUGUCACACUGCCAGAGCGUGGGCGCACCGCUGGCGCCGGACGGCUGCGUGCUGCAGGCCAUCUUCUUCAACAGCACUCGCCUGCAGCUGCGAGCGCCCUGUCAGUGGGAGGCCCUGGAAUGGCGCCGGUGCCUGUGGGAGCAUGUGCUGGCCGCCCGCCCUGCCCAGCAGCAAGGGGACCUCCCUAACUCUGCCUCCGUCACUUCCCCUGGGCCCACCCCCGGCCCGCUGCUCCGGCCCACGGCCCUACCCAUCUUCACGCAGCGUUGCCCCGAUGUGCUAAAGUCCGGCCUGCUUUACCAGCAAACGGACCAAAACAACUGGCGGGCCUUCACUUUCGUUCUGAGCAAGACGCAGCUGCAGGCUUUCCCCACAGAAGGCCGGGGCCCUGUUUCGGAGCCCGUGCUGCGGUACGCGCUGUCCGGCUGCUUGGCGGUGCAGCGCGAUGACUCGGAGGGCAGCCGCGCUCGCUUCCAGGCCGUGUUUGACCUCGAAGUUCUUCGGCUGCAGGCUGAGACUGAACGCAAGGCUCAGGAUUGGGUGGAAGUGCUGCGCACUGCCGCUGCAGCCCAGCGAGCCUCCGGCGACGGUCCCGCACCCGUCCAGCUCCGGAGCAAACAUACGCGGGAGCGACGACACCGGGACGCCCAGCGGGGCAAACGCCAGUCGGUCACUACCAGCUUCCUGGGCAUCCUGUCGUGCUUGGCGGUGGAGAAGGGCCUGACAGCCCAGAGCUUUCGGUGCGCAGGGUGUCAGAGGCCUGUGGGCCUAUCCCGGGGCAAGGCCAAGGUGUGCUGCUACAGUGGCUGGUACUACUGCACCAGCUGCCACGAGGAUGACCUGUUCCUCAUCCCCGCUCGCCUCCUGCACAACUGGGACACGAGCAAACACAAGGUCUCGAAACAGGCUAAGGAGUUUUUGGAGUUUGUGUACGAGGAACCCCUGCUGGACGUGCAGCAGCUGAACCCCUGCCUGUACGAGCACUGCGAAGCACUGGCGGCCGUGCUGCGGCUCCGGCAGCAGCUCCAGUCGCUGCGCGCCUACCUCUUCAGCUGCCGCGCUGCAGUGGCAGAGGACUUGCGCCGGAGAAUCUUCCCCAGAGAGUACCUCCUGCAGCACAUCCACCUGUAUUCCCUAGCUGACUUGCAGCAGGUCAUAGAUGGGAAGCUUGCCCCCUUCCUUUCAAAGGUGAUCAAGUUUGCCAGCUCCCACGUUUACAGCUGCAGCCUCUGUAGCGAGAAGGGCUUCAUCUGCGAGAUGUGUCACAAUGGCCAGGUCAUAUACCCCUUCCAGGAGAGCGCCACCAAGAGGUGUGAGAGCUGCGGUGCUGUUUUCCACACUGAGUGCAGAAUGCGGGCCCAGCCGUGCCCUCGCUGUGUGCGCAGAGAGUUGCACAAGAAGCCGUCGUCAUUUUGGAGAAGACUGGAACCCCAGGACAGCCCCUGCGAUGACCCCUACAGCUGCUUUGAACUGCCCUUCCAGGACACCUGAGGGCACGUUGGGGAACAGGGAGCAUUUUGGGGGGGGGGGGGUUACAUCAGGACAGCAGUGAGCACCAAACAGAAUGAAGAGGGGAAAAAAUUGGCAAGGUUUAUAGCCUUACUGCUGCUCUGGCAAACAGGGAAUAGAUUCUAUAUCUGAAGUAGACUCACUCCUAGUCUGGGGAUGUGUGUGUUAUGUGUUUGUGAGUUUUUGUGGGGUCAUGUUGUACAGUUGUUGUACAUGUUUGAAAGCUCAGGGCCCAAAGGAGGAAGCUGGACUGUUGGCCUCUCACCUGUUUUGCUGCCUAUCAUCUGAUGGAGUUAGCCAGAACAGGCAGAUCCUCUUCACACAUCUCCUACAAGAAGUGCCGCGCCAUAAUGAGACCAAAUGACCUUUUCCUUUCAUCUUCAAGAUUACUGCCGAGGCCAGGAAGAGUGCACACAACUCCAAGGAACACACAAAAAAAAAACCACACAGACUCGCACACACAGAUGAAAGGGAAGAGGUGCUGGCUUGGAGGGCCUGUAGUUCCAAAGGAGCGGUGCUAUGGGAGGAGACCCACACACUGUUCUCCCAGGUCUCAUGUGACUACUGCAGCUUCCAUGAGCGGGCUGUCACUUCACUCCACAAGUCCUGCUGGACCAGCACUUUCUGAACACUUUGGGAUGCUCCUCCUGAGGGACAGAGGGCCAUGUUUGUAAGCUGCAGGAGAGGUGACCAUGAGCACGCUGGGUGAGGGUGUUGUCAGUUACAUGCUGAGAAGAAUCCAGCAUGAACGAUAUAGAUCUGAAGUGUGUAAUGGUCCUGUUCUUCCAGUGGCUUGGACCACAUUAGAUGACUGUUCACCCUGUUCUCUGUACCAGCCUGUCAAACUUGACAGCGCUUCUUUAUCCUCAAAUAUCCAUCUUCAUUUGCAAUGUCAGAUUUACUGUCCACAUGCUGUGCAAAUGUUCCAGUUAUCUGCUUCCAACUGAGCAUCUCUGUUUUAGCACCACUGUUUGUAAUUCUAAGCUCUCAUUAAUUCUAAUCUUUGUGUUUAUCUCUGAAUGUUGUGAGUCCCAAGUUUAUUUCCUUGUAACUCAGCACAGGAUGCUUUAUGGUGAGAAGUGGUGGGGUCGUUUCUUAGAACGUUAUACUCAAAUAUCUUCGUUCUGCUGGGCUUGGUGGAGACCAGGGCCUGUCUUGAAGACCCUUGUCUUUUUAUAUUAGCCUUGCAGGCUUUUUAGGCCACUCUCAUUUCAGAGACUCAUCUUGUCAUCUAGGCUACAUUCACAGCUACGACACAGCCACAGAAGACAAAAGCAGCAGGCCAGGACAUCAGCUUCCUGUCAUGAGCACAAAACUCCAAACCCAAGAAAAAACCCAAAGCUACUGUUGAACUGCUCAGUAUCAGUUUUGCUCUUCUGGCUCCUCACUGUUCAAUCUGAACAUAAGGCAAUAAUUGGUUUUACUUUGCUGUAAUUGUUUGCUUCUGUUUACUGAAAAUACAUGAAACUCGUAAAUAUUUCCUUUAGAAACUGGUGGCCUUGUUUGUUGCUCCUUUAUUGACCAAGGAGCUCUGACUUGGUCCGGGUGCCUUCUCCAGCAUGUUUGGUGUGCUUCCCUCUUCUCCCUUUUCUCUCCUCUGUAUCAUUUGACAUAAAGUCCAUGAAAUGGAGCAGGGUAACCAGUGAACUAUACUCCAUAAGUAGCCAUAUCCUCCCAGCAGUCUCCAGUGGGCACUGGGAUGUUGUGCUACACUUGAAAUCUGUAGAAAAGCUGUUUGAAAUGCUUGGGCUUUUAGGGCUGUAGGCUGGUUAACACUGAAAUUAGUUUUGGAAAAGGAUAACAACAAUGCUUGGUGUGAAUGGGAGUAAAGGUUUGCUCUUUGAGUGCUGCGUAUGGCUGAUCACACCUGCCCCUCUUACCUACUGUGGACCGGAAGGCAUUAUCUUCAACUUCCAACUUAAGCUGUUGUAGGAGUGACUUUACCUUGGGGUCACUGCCUAAAUUCACCUUCAUCUACUUGAAUUAUAUAAUUCCAUGGAUUUCUCAGUUGUUUACCAAUGCAUCUGUCCACUGGUCACUAGCACAUGAUCCAAAAUGAAAAUGAUUGGUAGUCUUGUUUGAAAAUGUAUGUAGUUGGGGUGGAACAAGAAAGAAAGAUUCAUCAUUCAUGUGUUUAAAAUAACAGUUUCAUUAUUGCCUCCACUUUUGUUGUUUUGGAGCAUUGCACUAGCACCAAGGGACCUUUUGUUUCGGACGCUAUGCUCUGUAAAUGUGUAAAUAUUGUAUGUAUCUUAAGGAGGUGGAGGAUUUAUUUGUGCCACUCCUCAGUACUUAGAAUAUCCUAUUAUUUAUUGAAUUACUUUAUCUUUGCUUGCCUUAAACUGAAAGCCAAGAUAAAAGCCUGUUGAUGUUCUGUGUUUCCCUUGAAUACAUUUUUGUGCAACUGGGAUAGUCUCAUGUUUUGAGAAGUAGGAUUUGUUUAGCUACAGCUUUGUAUGUAAACUGUAUAUUUCAAUCUCACUGUGCAUAAGGGAGCCUUGUAUGUUGGCAAGACUCGUGCAUUUUAUUUUGUUGCUGUUGUAGGAAAAUGUGUGAACAACAGUACUUUUGCUUCCUUUUUAAAUGCAUGGUGAAAAAUGGACUACUGGUUUUCUGGAAAGAAACAUUUCAUUUUUAACCCAGUGCUUUCCCUGUUCAUUUAGACGAGCCGGAUCCCUCUAUGGCUUGUCGAACGCUAGGGAGAGAAAAAGUUCAAUGGGAGAGCCAUCACUAAGGGCAGGUCAGUUCUUAAUAAAGAAAGAGGGUUGUUACUGAACAUUUGAAUAAAUAGGAACAUAGUGGGGAUUUCCAUCUAUUCAGGGAUGCAAUUAUUUCAAUGCACUAAAUUCAGAAGUCCUGCUAGGCAUCUGUCUUUGUGAAAAAUUGAACUUGAAAAUAAUAUUAAUAAUGAACAAGUUGUAAAAUUCAGGGAUCUGCAACAUUAUGGUUGCAGAAAACAAAAGAGAAUUAUGGACAACAGAACAGAACUCAAUGUGUACAGGUUGCGAUGAAAUACAGGUUUUGUUCUGAGCACGAGACUUUUUUUUCCCCGCAUAAGGUGAAACAUGAAAUACUUACUCAGAUGUUUCCUUGGAUGUUUUGGCAUCGUGUUGCAACCAGGUUAUAGGGUUAUUUAUUGAGUAUUUAUUAUUUUUGUUUCUCUUUCUUUGGGCCUUAGCACUGCUUCCCAUUUGUCUGUGAACUGCUCUGUGUGUGUUGACUCCUUGCUGCCGCUGAUCUCUUAUGCAGGUAUUGAGACUGUGUGUCGAAACCUGUUACUUUUUUUCUACCAAUGAUGCCAAUAAAGCCAUUUAUCACAGUCAA